UCCUCUUUCGUCAAGAUGGUGCAAACGACCAACGUAUCACGCAUAUUUGGAUGGUCGGUGGCUUUAUCGUCGAUACACGCUGGGAGAAAAUAAGAGUUCAUGCUUACCCGUAAACAGACAUGUCGAUUAGUGGAGAUCGGCACGCAACCACGACAUUUCUCAAUUGCGUGCCGCGGCGUUGAAACGUCUUCCUCGUCUCGAGCAGUGCAAAGUGCAGUGCGAGGGAAACGUCUCGAAUACCCGCUCGGAAUUUUCACGGAAGACAGACCGUCAGCUUGGCGAGUCGCCAUAUAAGAAGGAAAAUUGUACCAACUUUGACGUGCCAAUAAAAUUCGCAAUUGCCGCGUGUGUGUGUGUGUGUGUGUGUGUGUGUGUGUGUGUGUGUGCGUGUGUGUGUGUGUGUGUGUGUGCGUGUCGCAUAUUUGUCGACCAUCUUCGCUUCCGUGUCCACCAACAAGUUCCAUUCACUUCUUAUGUGUUGUGUCUCCUUUCUGUGUGUCUCUUAUUUUUCGCUCCUUUCGCUCUUUUGGCUGCUCGUCCUCGCGCGGAUUGUAAAAGUGCGUGCAACAGUAAACGACGCGUUUCACCACCACAGCAGUGCGUGACCAAGGAGAGAGACCUAGUGCGUGCACGUGUCGGGUUUCAACCGGUAAUAGAAUUACUUUCCUUUCGCGGGGGAAUUGAUUUCUGUGUACGUAGCUCGCGGUAUGGUGUUCAGUACGGUACACGAUGUCCCUUGACAGACAACGUGGACAGAAGCGCUCUCCGUUAACGAGCAAAUUGCGGACACACAGCAAUAUGGACCUUCUGAGUCCAGCCUUCCGCUCCCUCGAGUUGGGCGACGUGAAAGCACCCAAGGAGAACUUCUUGCAAAUUGAACGUGACAAUGUCCUGGAGGACAAAAGCGACGACGACAACGCGAGGGACCAAAUACGCAGGUUCAAGUCGAGCAGGAAAAAGUCGCGCGACGAGUUACGCACGAUCGAUCUGGACGAGGUUGCUUGGCACGACACGCCCGACAAUUGCUGGGUGGUGAUCUACGAUUACGUGUACGAUUGCACGGAAUUCCUCAAGAGUCACCCGGGCGGUCAUGACGUCCUGUUGGAAUAUGCCGGACGCGAUGCCACCUUGGCGUUCAUUGGCACCGGACACUCCGCCGUCGCCAGGAAGAUCUUGGAGCGCUACAUAAUCGGUGAACUGCCACCGGAAGAGAGGAUCUUCCGCAUUCCCGACGGCGUCAAGGUAUUUGGGUUCUGAUCGUCCAACGUUGUUGUCGUUAUCGUGCUCGGCCAAAUAUCAAUUAGCCUUUUCGCUGUGACGGUUUGUUCAAAGUGGGCGGAUGUUUAUAAGGAACAUAUAAAUACACUUCCUUCAUUAAGAGAUUUCAGCAAUUAUCGUGCCACGGAGUCAACAAUGAAAGAAAAAAAUGGUUGAUCUAACUAAAAAUAUAGUCAUUUUUUGCUUCGAUUAUUUUCUGGUCGUUCCAACGCGAGAAUAGUAAUAUAAGGUUAUUAUCACUAACACAUUAUAAUAAAAUUUCAUUAAAAAAUGGCUUUCUUCACGACAAUUUAUAAUAAUUGAUUCACUCUAUGUCAUUAUGGUCAUAAAUAUCAAACAUUGUUUUCUCAAUGUACAAAAUGGUAUAGGAUUUUUCUAUUCGAUUUAAGAAGUUUCUCACUUAUACACGAGAAUCUAAAUCCAGGUACUCUAUAGUUAAUGAAUAUGUAAAACAACAAGUUUUCUCUUCUAUUUUUUUUUUUUUUUCAUUAACGUUAGGGGGAAUGUACACAGAAUGUCUAAUACAAUGCGUGCCAACACUCGUGUGCGGAUAGUACUUAUGAGAAAUUGAACAGAAACAUUCUCUACCAUUUUGCAAAUAACUACGAUAAUUAUUUACCUCGAACCGGAGUAACAAUAUUAAUCGUCAUGGUUAUAAUAGACAAGACGAAGGAUAGAAUCUGAACAAUACGAUCGCAACUGAAAGAAAUUGUGUGUGGCUCGUCUGAGUGUGUUUGGCGAGCUUUAAUCGAUCAUGAUACAUCAACCUUUCAAAAUGAACAAUGAAAGAGCAGCAUAGACACAUGCUGAAGAGAUUGCUUUUACUUCAUUAUCGCUGCUGUUACAUGUCGACUCAUUCGCAAGUUAUAGUCGUUCAAAACCGCAGCAUCGACAUCCAGCUUUGGCUAAAGUUCUACCCUAGUAGAAAUUGUACCUCGUCGGUGUCUAGCCACAAGAUAGUAAAUUCCUGUCUAACAUCACGACUAGCCAGUAAUGUAACGCUCACUUCUAGACAAAUAAGUUAGCUAAUGAUUGAACAAACAAAAUGAAAUGAAUAAUAAGUAGUUGCUAGUUAAUAAUGUAACGCUCAGUUUUGCUUUUUUACGAGAAUAAGUAACGUUAAUUUUAAUUUGCUAUUUAAUCUUAAAAUGUUAGUGAUGAUAGCAGCUAAAUUGUGUAUUUUAUAAUAUUAGAUAUUUUUAGAUAUUUACUCUAUUACACGGACAGAAUAUUGUAGUAAAAAUUACAAUACAAUUUUAGUAAAACUUUUAAUAGUCAGGAAAUAGACUGGCACUAUUAUGAAAAUAAAUGAUAAUAAAACAUAAUAAAAAUGACUAUAGACAUGAUAAUUUACUCUACAUUUAUAGUAAUUUUUGUUAUGUUCAUAGUUACUUUUAUUAUGUCUUAUUAUAAUUUUCAUCAUAGUGCUGGUCUAUUUCUGGACUAUUAAAAUUGUAUUAUAAUUUUACUACUUUGUAAUUUUACUUGUAAUAUUCUCUCUCCAUGUAAAUAUGUAAUCACUAACGGCUAAAUCACAAACUCGAUUCAAUAUUUCAAUGAAUAUUCAAUCAGUAACGAAUUAGUAACAAGCUAGAAAUUUUCACCUGUACUGUUUAUCUAGCUAGUUACUAGUUUUUUAUUUAGACCGGCUAGUUAUAUUUGGGUAAUUAGAGUUUAGACAGAUAAUUCGCUAUAAGUAAUAGGAAAGAAACGAAUGGCAGUAAGAGAAAAAUUCUAAUAGAAGUAAAAGAGAAGUUGCAGCGUCAUUUCAGCUUUUUUCUCACUCUUAUUAGAGCUUCUCCUCACUCCCACUCGCUUCUUCCCUAUUACAUAUAGCGAAUUGAAAAGUCAAUAUAAAAUCGACCAUUAAUGUCCAAACUUUGAUUAGAGAAACUCUAGCUUUAAGCUUCUUUUUCGAAGAACUUCCUAAAGUGAAAUAAAUAUAUUUUGUUUCACUAUGAUUUAUUGCAUCAGUAUACGUCAGUUGAAGAAGUUCUUCGGAAAAGAUCUUUUUGUUCGGCAUUAGUGCCAGAUCGAGCGUGCCAUCUGCUCGCGUGAGAACACUACGUUUCCAUGCUAUCUUCUAAAGUAAAAUGUACGACUGCGUGGCCGCAGCAAGCAUGUAGCUGGACGAUAUUUGUUGGGCCGCAAACUGGGGACAGUAAGCCAUGUUCGCUGUGUCGAGCCUAGCGACUGGCUAUUGCGCGGCGCUUGGCCUUAGGACCGUCAAAAAAUUUUAUAAGACUUGUGGACACUUUCUAAUUCCUGAAGAAUUUUUAUUGAUAUUAGUUAUAAUAAUGUUAUAUUAGUUAUAAUAAUGUAGAUAUGUAGCAUAGAUAUAAAACAAAGAUAUAUAGAUAUAACGUGUGCAUAAAGAGGACUAAUUUUUCACAAAUUAGAGAAAGUCCCGAAGAUUUUAUAAAGCUGAGAUGAUUCUGAGACUGAGCGCAGUUUGCAACGUUGCUAUUUGCUCUCGUGCCGCCAUAUUAACUUUUAAGCUUAGUCUAUAAUAUGUUCUUUGUGUCUCCUGUUUCUUUCUCCCUUUACUUCUUUCACUGCUGAUAUAAUCAUAAAUAUACGUGUCAGCAGUGGUACUACAAUGGCAUAUGUAAGUCAGUUAACUUGUCCAGCCACUAGAAGAGGUGAGCGUUACAUUACUGACCAGUAAUGAUGUUAAAUAGAAAUUUAUUAUCCCAUAGCUAGACACCAAUGAGAUUCAAUUUCUCCUAAAGUAGCGCGCGCGUCGAUUGUUUUUUUUUUCGUUAAUAUCUUGAAAAUUUAUUUGAUCAUUUACAAAAUGAUUAAAUGAUUUCUCAAUUCAGUUUAACGAGUUUUACAUAUACAUGAUUGAUUGGACGCUUAAGCCCGUUACAGAAUAAGUGACGUUAUAUCUAUAUUAGUGUUUGUACUAAGCAAGUUUAAUUUAAUUUUAUUAGUGUUAAUAAUUAUAUUAGUGUUUGUAAUAAGCAAGUUUAAUUUAAUUUUACUGACAUAAUAUAACAUUAUAUAUAGUAACUUAUAAAAAAAAGUAUAUAUACUAUAUAAUAACUUAUAAUAAAUUAAUACGGUCGAGAAGAAAGUGAUGAUAAAUAAUUCCCGCAUCAGAAGAGCUUUCGCUUUCGAUUUAUAGCGGAAGGGUUAAACGCGCUUACGCAAGCAUGGAAACCGACACGAUCAAUAUCUUUUCGUCUUCGCGACGUUGAAAAGUAGACUCGACGAAGUCAUAUCGGUGCUUUAGAUAACGACUGCAGAAGAGCGCUACCUCCGACGCAGAGACGCGAUUCUUCUGCUCGCUCGUUAGUUCGUUCAUAUCCGACGAUCAUUAUCGAUUGUUCCACGCGAUGGAUCUUUGAUCAGUAUUCAGGCACGGAAACGGUAUUCAUUGCCGCGAUCGCGACGUUGUGGAGCGUUGAACGACGAUCCAGCUGGAGAACGUUAUUCUCCUCGAUCUCUCUAUCAGUCGUCUUCGCUCUGCUAACUGAAAUCGAAGGUCCGAUAUAGAAGCGUACGAUUAAUUUAUCAGAUUUUAUUGGAUAUUACGACAUUCAUUUCGUUAGCUAUCGACGCCACUCCACGGAUCCUUUUAUAAAGGAAAUAUAUAGAUAUAAAGUAUAUACCUAAUAGUGAUGAAAUGUGCGAAUGUACAGAUAACGACAAAUCAUUAAAGAAUGAAGAACCUCGUCCGGUGGAUUAGAUAUCCAGAACAACAAACGUUGAACACGAAAGUACGCGAGUUUCUCACGCUGAAAAAGACUGGCAAUUGUUAUUAAAUGUAUUUAGUUAUAGAAUUAUAGUUAUAGAAUAUUAUAGAAAUAAAUAAAAAUUAGGUAAUUAAAUAUGAUAAUAAUAGCCAAAUAUAUGGUAGAUUUGAUGUGCGAAGGACUUCUAAUCAUAAUCAAACGGACUAAAGAUUUUAGCAAUAGCUACUAAACAUUUGAUAUCUGUUAGUAAGUAUUUGGUGACCAUUAUCGGAUAUUUGAUAAAUAUUAUGAAAUCAUUCAAUUCUGUUUAACAAAAUAUUUGAUAACUAUUAAUAUUUAUCUUGUUAAAGUAAUAUAUUUAAGCAAUAUAUAUCUUAUUAAACAAAAUAUAUUUGAUGACUAUCAAC